AUGCCAGCCGCCAUCUUGACCACUAGGAGUUCCCAAAUGGGGCUGGGGCUUCUGAGCGCCGCACUGCUGUUUGUGGGGAGCGCUCUCCCCGACUCGGGACUCCACUCACUCCCCCGAAGGACUGGGCGCAGCUCUUGGCGGGAGCAGGCCGGUGCCCCUGGGUGGCGGGAGGCCGCGCAAGGAGGGCGGAAGGCGCUCCAGGCCCCGAAGGAAGCGGGGGCCGCAGAGGAUUGUGGGACAGCACCGCUUGCAGAUGUAUUGGAAGGGUCCAGGAUAGUAGGGGGCACAGCAGCUCGAACUGGCGCGUGGCCAUGGGUAGUUAGCCUGCAGAUUCAAUCAGGCAAAAUUCUUGCUCAUAUAUGUGGGGGAAGCUUAGUGAAAAGUAAGUGGGUCCUCACAGCUGCCCACUGCACUAAGGACACUAGAGAUCCUUUAAUGUGGAGAGCUGUGAUUGGAACUAAUAAUAUAAAAGGGCAUCAUCAUCCACACUCCAAGAAGAUAAAAGUUAAAGCAAUCAUUAUCCAUCCAGACUUCAAUUUGGAAAAUUACGUAAAUGAUAUUGCACUAUUUCACUUAAAAAAAGCAGUGAAAUAUACUGAGUAUAUUCAGCCUAUUUGUCUGCCUUUUGAUGUUUUCCAAAAACUGGACCAAAACACAAAGUGUUUUAUAAGUGGCUGGGGAAGAACAGAAGAAGAAGGUAAUGCUACAGAUGUGUUACAGGAAGCGGAAGUGCAUUAUAUCUCUCGAAAGAUUUGUGGCUCUGAGUGGAGUUAUGGGAAAAUGAUUCCUGACACUUCAUUUUGUGCAGGUCAUGAAGAUGGGAUUUUUGAUACUUGCAGGGGUGAUAGUGGUGGACCAUUAAUGUGCUACUUACCAGAACAUAAACGAUUUUUUGUAAUGGGAAUUACCAGUUACGGAUAUGGCUGUGGUCGAAAAAAUUUUCCUGGUGUCUACUGUGGGCCAUCCUUCUACCAAAAGUGGCUGACAGAUCACCUCUACCAGGCAAGCAAUAAAGGCAUAUUUAACAUAAAUAUUCUACUUGGACAGGUCCUUGUAGCCUCAGGUUCUGUUGUCUUACUAGCAAUUCCAUAA